AUGAGUUUAUUGAAACUUGCAGGCCAGGUUGGCCUACAACUAUUGAAACGUUCUAAUACAGACGACCAGGGAGAUGUCGCUAUACCUGAUGAUGAUUCCCUCGACGAAACUAACCCUGUGGAGGAUGAAAUUUUUUCCCUGUGGGCGUUAUUCAUUUUACUCUUCCUCCUCGGACUGGCGUUGUGGUCUUCCUACUUUCUACAGCAGCGACGGAUUAGGGCGAUCCACGAAACAGUGCUUUCAAUUUUUUAUGGAAUGAUCGUGGGUCUUAUUAUUCGUGUAUCUCCAGGUCAUUACAUUCAAGAUGCGGUUAAGUUCAAUCUGGGGUAUUUCUUCAACAUAUUAUUACCCCCAAUCAUUUUGAAUAGUGGAUAUGAGCUUCACCAAGCUAAUUUUUUCCAUAACCUUGGUUCUAUUUUAACAUUUGCUAUACCAGGGACUUUCAUAUCAGCUAUGGUGUUGGGUAUCAUUUUAUAUGUGUACACAGCCCUAGGAUUAGACGGAAUUGACUUGGAAUUCGUUGAUGCUUUAUCGGUCGGCGCUACUCUUUCUGCUACGGAUCCCGUGACAAUUCUCAGCAUCUUUAAUGCCUAUAAAGUGGACCCCAAAUUAUACACAGUUAUCUUCGGUGAGUCAUUGCUCAACGACGCCAUCUCGAUUGUUAUGUUUGAAACUUGUCAGAAAUUCAAGGGUCACGCUGUUGGCUUCUCAUCUUUAUUCGAAGGUAUGGGUUUGUUUUUAAUGACGUUCACGAUAUCAACGAUGAUUGGAUUGAUGGUUGGGGUUGGAGUUGCUUUACUCUUGAAACAUAGUCAUAUUCGCCGUUACCCUCAAAUUGAAACUUGUCUCGUGCUUUUGUUCGCUUACGAAACGUAUUUCUUUUCGACGGGUGCACAUAUGUCAGGGAUUGUAUCAUUACUCUUUUGUGGUAUCACUCUCAAACACUAUGCUUACUACAAUAUGCUGAGACGAACACAAAUCGCCAUAAAGUACAUCUUCCAGUUGUUAGCACAGCUUUCAGAGAAUUUCAUUUUCAUAUAUUUGGGUUUGUCAUUGUUCACAGAAGACCAGUUGGUAUUCAAGCCAUUGCUCAUCAUUAUAACUUUCAUGCUGAUAUGCAUCGCUCGUUGGUCGGCAGUGUUCCCAUUAUCGCGCUUCCUCAAUUGGAUCUAUCGAGCUCGGUUUAGCAGGUUUCAACGACCCGGCUCCCUUUCAGUUGAAGCGGUCCCUGAUGAGAUAAGUCACCUGUACCAAAUGAUGAUCUUCUGGGCUGGCUUACGGGGUGCUGUUGGGGUUGCUCUUGCUUUAGGAAUCAAAGGUGAGUACAAGUGGACUUUAUUGGCAACGGUCUUGGUUGUAGUUGUGCUCACUGUGAUCUUGUUUGGUGGUACAACCGCACUGAUGCUUGAAAUUCUCGGUAUCAAAACGGGUUGCAUUGAUGAGUCAAACGAAAGCGAUGAUGACUUCGAUAUCGAGGCUCCCCGUAUUGUGCAACAAAGUGUGUAUGGAUCUCGACGUUAUCCUCAAGGACCACAAACUCCGCAAGGUGUCCAACCGUACAAGGAUGACAUCAGAUCACGCACUCAGCUGUCGGUCUCACUCCAGGGAAUUUACCCUACAAGAUCGCGGAGUUCACGGAAUUCUUCGCAAGCUGAUUUGGCAUAUCAACAGGAUGAUGACCAACUUGAGGUACAAGCGCUGGGCGCCACCGAGGGUGGGUUGUUGAGUAAUAUUUUGAGUGUCGAGGAACAUGCCAAGUGGUUCACAAAGUUUGAUGAACAAGUUCUCAAGCCUGUUCUUCUCGAUCAACCUGGGAGUCCACGUCCCGAUCAAAGUCCACGGCCUGAGUAG